AUGAAGAUCACAGUUGUGGAGCAUGUUACACCUUCGGCUCUGACCCUCCAUCACGAGGGCUUCUUCUGGCGCUGUGCAUUUCAGGUGGAGCUCACAGCAGAGCUGCACCACUCCACUCUGUACACGAACCAGCCAGAGUCUAAAGCAUGUAUCCACGGUUACCUUUUUCCUCUGCCCGUCGCCCUUGGACCUGUACCCCACCCCAUGUACGACCCAACAGCAGUUUUCCGAGGUUUUUGGACAGUCCUGAUGAUCCUGGCUCUGCUCUGCGCUCUGAUUGGUGGAUUCCUCUUGGUCUGUGGCAUCCCGUUCUACAGCCACAAACUGUACCGAGUGGGCGGGGCUCUACUCAUCGCUGCCGCCUGUCUGUUCCUGUCGGUGCUGCUGCUGUACGUGAUGUGGGUGGAGCUUGUGGAUGUGAGGCGUUAUAUUCUUCAGGAAAGUGGCGAGACGUGUCCCACAGCAGAAGUCCAAAUCCACUAUGGCCUGUCCUUCAUGGUGGCGGCCUCAGGAGUACCCCUAGUGCUCAUAUCCGGGAUUAUAUUCCGGUGCAUCGCCCGAGCUCUGGGUGGAGACAAGUUUUAACAGCACAAAGAAAAGGACUUGUGAUUGGGUAUGCAGCCCUGGGACUCAGUAGUACUAGUCUCUCAUGUAAAUAGUAGGCUAGAUUUGGUGGAUAUGACCAACACUGCAACAGAGCAUUUAAACCCUAUCUUGGAAUUAUUCUGGAAAUGUUUUAUUCUCUGCAGUGUGAUAAAUCUGUAAUUCAUUGCAAUUUUAUCAUUCAGUCAGAUACUCUUCUUAUUAAAGGUUCUUAUUUUAAAAAGUCUGUUACUUUGUGGUCUCAUUCUCAGCUAUUGAUUCAAACUCUUGCAUGAGUUAGUUGCUCACAGGGGAUGCCCAGAUUCUAUAUUAAUCAUCAAACUAUGAUCUCAUCUCUUUUUAUGGAUAUUACCGAGGCACAAGUUAGAGGCCGGUGAAGGGGGCAUGUUUACUUCAAGGACCUAG